AUGACAGCAACUCCAAAACAUUGGAUGCUGCAUAAAUUGACCAGUGUGUUUGCUCCUUGUCUAUCCACCAGUGUCCGCAAGUUGAGAGAGUGUCUCCCCUUCAUCAUUUUCCUAAGGAACAGACUUAAGUAUGCCCUGACAGGAGAUGAAGUAAAGAUUUGCAUGCAGUGGUUCAUUAAGAUUGAUGGCAAGGUCCGAACUGACAUAACCUACCCUGCUGGAUUCAUGGAUGUCAUCAGCAUUGGCAAGGCAGGAGGCAAGGGUUGCUUUGCUGUACAUCAUAUUACACCUGAGGAGGCCAAGUACAAGUGGUGCAAAGUGAGAAAAAUCUUUGUGGACACCAAAGGAACCCCUCAUCUGGGGACUCAUGAUGCUUGCACCAUCUGCUACCCUGAUCCCCUCAUCAAGGUGAAUGAUAGCAUUCAGAUUGAUUUGGAGACUGGCAAGAUUACUGAUUUCAUCAAGUUCGACACUGGUAACCUGUGUAUGGUGACUGGAGGUGCUAACCUGGGAAGAAUUGGUGUGAUCACCAACAGAGAGAGGCACCCUGGAUCUUUUGACGUGGUUCAUGUGAAAGAUGCCAGUGGCAACAGCUUUGCCACUCGACUUUUCAACAUUUUUGUUAUUGGCAAGGGCAACAAACCAUGGAUUUCUCUUCCCUGAGGAAAGGGUAUCCGC